GUCAUCUCUUCUCUCCUAUCGAUAGAGUCGCUGGUCAUGGCCGUGCAGGCGCAGCACGUCUCCCGUGCCUUCCACCACCACCUCCACUCCUACAGGUCUGCACGCCUUCGGAUUUCUGUAUCUCGGUCUCUGUUAAAGAGGGCGAUAGAGCUCACCAUCCUCAGGUCAUCGCUGCUCAAGCACGGCAAGCACCGCAAGGCAAGGCAGCACCGGCUGCUGAGGCGGACAUGUGGUGCUUCGACUGCUCAAGAUGUCAUCUCAUAUUCCUACCGCAACCUAGACAGGAAGAAGCCCCUAUCUGCUAUUUCCUCGGCUCUGGAGGACGGGGCGACGGGUGCCUCUCUGUUCCUGGACGAGCGCGGCGGGUGCGCGCCGGCGAUGGCCGGGAUUGGCAACGCGAUGCCGAGCAACGUCCCCAGAAGCGAUCUCACCUGCAGCGACAACAACCACAACUACGCUUUCGUGCCGAGGACGCGGGCGCGCGUGGUGGCGGCGGCGGCGCCUGGUUUGAUGGACGAGCAACCGCGCGGCGUUGGAACGGCUGCGGCGGCGCAGGGGUUUGUGCCCGUCGCCGUCGGCGAUAUGGCGAGCAGGUCGAUGGGCUCCGGAGUCGCGUCAACCAGCGGGAUGAUUGGCAUUGGCCAUGCCGACGGAUUGUCCCAGGGCAUCCUGUACAACCAGGGAAUGGAGAUCGACGCGCUCGUGCGAGUCGAGACCGAGCGGAUGCGCGCGGGAUUGGACGAGGCGUGGCGGCGGCACGUCCGGGCGCUGGUGGCGGCGGCCGAGCGCGCCGCGGCGGUGCGGCUGCGGGCUGCCGAGGCUACGCUGGAGGUCGCGCGCUGCCGCAACGCGGAGAUGGAGGAGAGGCUGCGCCAGAUCGGCGCGGAGGGGCAGGCCUGGGUAGGCGUCGCGCAGAGCCACGAGGCCGUCGCCGCCGGGCUCCGCGCCACCCUCGACCAGCUCCUCCAAUCCCCUUGCGCCGCCGGGGAGGGCGACGCCGAGGACGUGCAAUCGUGCUGCUUCGAGACCUCCGCAUGCGGCACCGCCGGCGCCGACGACGCGGCGUCGAUUGCAUCGGCGGCGUGCAGGGCCUGCGGCCAGGGCGGGGCGUGCGUGCUGGUUCUGCCGUGCCGUCACCUGAGCCUGUGCCGCGCGUACGACGCCAGCGUGGACACGUGCCCAGUGUGCGCGGCCACCAAGAACGCCUCGCUACAUGUCCUGCUCUGCUGA